AUGUCGCGACUCUCCUACUACCUCCUUCCGGCCAACAUCCUUCUCCUUAUCGUCACCUCCGCGGCCGCCACGUCACCACCACCAAUCCCCAAAUUCACCGGCAUCCUGGUCUUCGGCGACUCGACGAUGGACACGGGGAACAACAACCACAUCCCCCUGGCCGUGUUCAAGGCCAACCACAAGCCCUACGGCGGCAACUUCCCCUUGGGCCACAAGCCCACGGGCCGGUUCUGCGACGGCAGCCUGAUCCCGGACAUGGUGGCAGGCCUGCUGAACAUCAAGCAGGCCGUGCCGGCCUACAUGGACCCGGACCUGACGGACGAGGACAUCAGGACCGGGGUCGUGUUCGCGUCGUCGGGGACCGGGUACGAUGACCUGACGGCUGCCAUUGCGCAAGCGAUUCCUAUGGGGAAGCAGGUGGAGAUGUUCAGGGAGUACAUCGGACGGCUGGCGGGCGUUGUCGGAGGGAUGGAGGAGGCGAAUCGGACGGUUGGAGGGGCGUUGGUGAUGAUUAGCUCCGGGACUAAUGAUUUUGUGGAUAAUUAUUAUGAUUUGAAGAUUAGGAGGUUGGUGUACGAUUUGGGGCAGUAUCAGGAUUUCUUGCUUGCUAAAGUCGAAGCUUUCGUCAAGGAUAUAUACUCUCUGGGAGGACGUUUAAUGGUGGUAUCAGGCUUGCCACCAAUCGGCUGUCUCCCCAUCCAAAUGUCAGCAUCCCUAGAGCUCAACCCGCACCACAGAUCCUGCAUCCAAGAACAGAACUCCGAGUCGCAGUCCUACAACGCCAAGCUCGAGAAGCUGCUGCCCGAACUGCAGGCCUCGCUCCCCGAGAGCAAGAUCGUCUACGCGAAUGUUUAUGAUCCGCUUCUUGACAUGGUAACAGAGCCUCAGAAGUACGGGUUCGAGGAGACGAGGAAAGGCUGCUGUGGGACCGGGCUGCUGGAGGCGGCGUUCCUGUGCUCGCCGUGGAGCCCGACGUGCGGGGACCAAAUGGCGGCGAAGUAUGUGUUCUUCGACAGCAUCCAUCCGACGGAGGCGACGUACAGAGUGCUGGCUGACACGCUGGCCGGACAGCUGCUUUCCGUUUAUUCACCACCGCCACCUCCGUCUCCAUCGCCGUCCGAAAAGCUCCGUUCCGUUUACUCACCAACUCCAUCCCCAUCUCCAUCUCCAUCUCCAUCUCCAUCUCCAUCUCCAUCAUAUCAUUGA